CAUGGUGUGAAACUCGGAGUUUUGCAGCUCAUCAUAUCACCAGUUCCUAUUCUUCUGCGUGCCGUGCACGUCCGCAGCUGACCGAGCUGCUCGUGCCAUUCUGUUUGGUUCCUGUGAAGAGCAUGGGCGUCUUUGGCCGAGCAGAAAAAAAGAGGAAGGUCAGCAAGUGGGUUGAGUCCGCGGCACGUAGCUCUAUUUGGGGAGGCCACAAUGCAGAUGAGAUUGAUUCCAUCAACACCCUUGGGGGUGUGGUUAGCGCCUUGGCGCUGUCCUUCGUGUUGGGCUUGCAAUACAUGGUCGCACCCGGUACGGACGAGAUGCAGUACGCGGACUUCCGCAGCAUGCUCUGCAAGAGCCAGGAGUUCAGAAAUUACGUCAUUGAUGUCUUCAAGACCGAAGACAUCGGCAAGCACAGGGAGGAAUCCUUCAAUUUCACCAAAAUGAUCCGGCUCAACACCUACAUGGACAUCGAGCAGUUCCUGCGGACGGAGGUCGCCCACCGCUACGGGGAGGCGGACGGGCCGCAGAAACACAUCGCCUGCAUUAGCGACAAAGACGUGGAAACGGCCGUGGCCUUCAUGGCUGUAGAGUUUCCCAUGGAGCACCUGCGCGCCUUUGUGUUGCAGACGGGGGACUUCUACCGCUGGUCCAAGGUCAGUGAGAGCAUCGGCGGCAUGUGCGCCGCGCUGAUCUUCGCCUCGCUGCUGUGGAGCAUCAUGCUGAAUCUCAGCCUGGCGCUGGCCCCCGUGCGGGAGGACUCCACGGGAACUGCCCUGGUGGCCUGGUUGAUGAUUGGAGGACCUACCAUGAUGGUCAAUUACCUCUUCCUCCUGGUGGGUUUAAUUGCAUUCUUCUUCACCCAUGGCCGGAUGCUGGUGGCCUUGAGCCCCUUUGUUGGGGCAACCAUGAGGAAUACAGUGGAUAUCUCCCUCUUCGCCAUCUUGCUCCCGGUCUUUGUGAUCGGACUGGUUUUAGGCAUAGGUGCCACCAUUUGGUCAGCUCGAAACUCGAAGGAGGUCGCGAAGGAAGAGGCUUCAGAGUCGACAGGCGCUAAAGCGGCCGGUGAUGCGGAUGCUGUUCCCAUUCAGAUUGAGGACAAGUUGCAGAAACUGCCGGAGACACGGGAGAAGGAGGAGAGUAUUGUGGAUGUGAAGGAGACCAGGAUGUAGGUGGUACAAAUCCAUGAACUAUGGGUCAACUUCACAAAAUUUGCAGACUUUGCCACAUCUUCCCACAUGAGAAACGAAUCAAAACAGAAUUCAAUUGAUAUGGCAUCCUCUGCAUGACCAUCAGGUUCGUUUCACAUGGUGGUUUGCUUAGUCAGCGAAAGCAAAGUCAUGACACGCAAUGGCUUUGAUCUUGAGUUACAAAGAUGAUACUUGACUUUGAACAACAAAAAGAAUGGAUUGCCUGACAAAA